CUUUUCCAUUCGCCAAAUCUAGUCGAAUUGAUCGGGAUCAUGGCGACGAUAUUCCCGCGUCGGGCCAGCUUCGUAUGUCGCUCAUGCCAGAAGCUCUCUGCGGUGAAAUCCAACCGACGACAAUUCAUCUCGCAAGCCGCCAGCCCCCCGAAGCAGGAACCCAUCGUCCUCCCCAAGCCGCGCAGACGCAUAACAGUGCCGUUAACAAGAAAGGCUGGCCCUGUGACAGCGGAGUCAUCCUCAGACAGCAACAGCUCUCCGUCAAGACGAAGCUCCCCUGCAGCGAUCAAUAGGACUUCAGCCGAAGUUUCUUCACACAGCCGCGAUCCGGCCCGCAGACUCAACGAGUUCCACAAAUUCGUCGCGCAGAUCCAGUCGAGCAAUGCUGCGGCCGACAAGGACGAUGUGCUUGAAGCGCUGAUGGACAUGUACGAGUUCGCGGGCGUGCUGGUGCACGGGACGGGCAAGAUGCCGCAAGAGACAGCCGCGAGGACAACAACCACACAAGGCAGGGAAAUGGGAGACGCACUCCUUCAAGAUCUGGCCGAGGACAAGUCGUCGUCACGACUGCAAAGCGUCGGCGUGGCGAUCGACUCGAUAUCGGUGCCCGGCACAGAGCAGAUGUCUCUCUCCUUCCGCGAAGACGCGGCCAAGCGUGUCUCGCAGCUCGCCUACGACCUCCUCCGCGACCCCAAGGUCUACAUCACCGAAGACAUGCUCCAGAUGUACGUGCGCGUCCAGUGUCUGCUGGGGCGACCCGAAUACCUCCCGGAGAUCUUCCACCUCUACGCCACCAAGAAAAUCCCCGCCGCGGACAGCAAGCCGGUCCAGUACUCGAAUCCGUGGCCGAAGCUGCCCAAGUACGCCGUCCCGCUCGACCUCGCGGAAGCGGCCCUCGAAUCCGCCAUCCUCAAGAAGAACCUCUCCCUCGCCCUGGCCGUCAUCGACACGACGGUGGGGGCGCCGGCGUUCCGCACGAACAAGGCCCUCCGCCGCGGGAGCGUGCCUGGGCUCGUCGUCGGCGCGACACCCUUGAUCGCGUACGCGGGCGCCGACUGGGUCUCGCACUGGCAAAACACCAUGGACGUGGAGAUGGCCAAGUACACCGCCAUCGCCGGCGCCGUGGCGUACAUCGGCACGCUCACGACCAUCGGGUUCGUCGCGGUCACGACCUACAACGACCAGAUGCAGCGCGUCGUGUGGCGGCCCGGCACGCAUCUGAGCAGCCGGUGGCUCAGGGAGGACGAGCGGAGGUUCUUCGACCGGUUGGCCCUCGCCUGGGGCUUUCAGGAGCAGAGUCGCUGGGGCGAGGAGCACGGCGCCGAGUGGCAGAGGUUGAGGGAUGAGUGUGGGCUGAGGGACAUGAUCCUCGACAAGACGGAUCUGAUGGAGGGCAUGAAGUGAGUGGCGUCUCUAGAUAGAACGGUGUCUUUAAAAAAGACAAAGCUACACCUCUGGGUCUCUCUCCUGAAUCACGAUUAUUUCUCAUCA